CACCACUACACGACAUGGUGGUUCCACACAUGCUCUUACAAAACAAGAAAAGUCAGAACCGAGAUUCGGACCGGUGUUGCAAAACAGUUUACGGCGAAAGGAAAACAAACCUACAGGCGGACAAAUGGCGCUCUUGAAGCAGCUAAACCUACUUUCCGGUGUAGUGCGGCGGACGAUCUUUGGAAACGUUAAAUCAUUCCACCAAACAGCUGCCCUCUGCAAGGUGGAGGACCGCAAGGCAAUGCUUGCCUCGCUGCCCAGCAAAGACGAGGGAACCAUCGGCGAACGGUCGAUUGAUAUUGAUUCCAUGAUCGACAAAAAGACUAGCAUAUUUCCCGAUGCCAACACACCGACCGCCCUGUUCAAUGGAGUGCCGUUCAACGAGAUACCGAUUUGCCACAUUCGAGUGUCGCCGAACAAUACCAUCAUCUCGAUUACGGAUGCAAAGGGCGUACCGCAGUUUAUCCGUUCGUGCGGUAUCGAGGGCUUUAAAAAUACACGCAAAGGUACAAACAUUGCAGCGCAGGCCACCGCCAUCAGCAUCAGCACGAGGGCGAUCGAACGAGGCUAUAAAACGGUUCGCGUGACGGUCCGCGGACUCGGACCGGGACGGAUGUCUGCUAUCAAAGGGCUCGAAAUGGCUGGGCUGAACAUCGUUUCUAUUACGGACACGACACCAGUGUCCUGGAAUCCGCCCCGGCCGAGAAAGCAAAGGAAGCUGUAACGUGCCAAGCUGGCAUUUAGUUGUACAUCGUGUUGCGCCAUCCGACGUACGGUCAUCAUAGUUAGACGCCUCUGCAACGACAGGUGAUGAUGAUUGGUACGCGACCAGCACGGGCUGCUGUAUAUAAAGUUACAGUUGGGGUUUUUGUGUUUAUUUAAAAAAUAGCAAUAAAAUUAAAACACUAGCACAAUCCUA